AUGGGAAAGUCUUCCAAAGAUAAGCGGGACGCCUACUACCGCCUAGCAAAAGAAGAAGGGUGGCGCGCAAGAUCAGCGUACAAACUCUUGCAGUUGGACGAAGAGUUCAACUUGUUCGACGGAGUCACACGCGUCGUCGAUCUCUGCGCCGCCCCCGGAAGUUGGUCGCAAGUACUUUCGCGAGUCCUCAUAAAGGGCGAGAAAUUCGGCAGAGCAGGAUGGCAAGAAAAGCAAGCCGCCACACGCAACUACGUUCUCGGCGUCAAGCCAAUCGAAAAAUCACUGGAGAAGCUGGAGAUCAAAGAAGAAGCACCAAAACCCAGAGAAGGCGUCCGAAUCGUUGCAAUCGAUCUCCAACCCAUGAGUCCCCUUGAAGGCGUCACAACACUCCGCGCAGACAUCACACACCCCUCUACAAUACCACUCAUGCUCAAGGCCCUGGAUCCAGAUACAUACGACCCCAGCGCAACAACCGCGUCUUCACCCGUCGAUCUCGUCAUCUCCGACGGCGCACCCGACGUCACUGGCCUGCACGAUCUCGACAUCUACGUCCAGUCGCAACUCCUCUGGGCCGCGCUCAACCUCGCUCUUUGCGUGCUCAAACCCGGCGGGAAAUUCGUCGCCAAGAUCUUCCGCGGCAAGGACGUGGAUUUACUGUUUGCACAGCUGAAGAUUGUGUUUGAGCGUGUGCGCGUCGCGAAGCCGAGGAGUAGUCGGGCGAGUAGUAUCGAGGCGUUUGUUGUGUGCGAGGGGUUCUGUCCACCGCCUGGAUUCACCGCGAGUUUGGAUCAGCCGCUGGGAGCUGGGACUCAGAUACCCACUCCUGUCGAGACGCAGCCACAGGUAGAGCGCGAGGCCAGACGCACUGUUCGCGAAGAUGGCUGUAUUGAGCUCGACCUGGGAACUGAAGGUGAAAGCGAGGAAGAUGACGUCGAGGAAGGUGGGAAACGCUGGAUAGCUCCGUUCCUCGCAUGCGGUGAUCUCUCAGCAUACGAUUCAGACGCAACGUACCAUCUCCCCAAAGACAGGGUGAGUCUGGAUCCUAUUCAGCCGCCGACCGCACCGCCGUACCGGAGGGCGCUAGAGAUGCGCAAACUAGCAGGUGGAGCGUACGGGAAGACGAAGUUGAAGUGA